UCGUCUCUCUACCACUACUCUCUCUCUCUCUCUCUCUCUCUCUCACUCACAGUUUUGUUGCUGUGCAUAGUAAAAGGAUUUUUGGAUUGCUUUCAUUUCUUGUCCAAGAAAUCCUUUGCUAUUUGCUGCUAUAUUAUAUAUAAUUAAGUGAGGGAAACGGAUAUUAUUUUGUUCUGAUGGCUGAGGAAAUUAAGAAAACAACUACUCCGGCUCCCGAGGCACCUUGCGCAACUGAAGAGGUUGCGGUGGCUGAGAAGCCUACAAGCUCUGACGUAGAUAAGGAGGCGCCACCGCAACCUGCGCCGGAAGAAGUGGUGGAAGGAGAUAAGAAGGAGAAAGAUGAAGAGAAGAAGAUGAGUGAAUCUGCUUCGUUUAAGGAGGAAAGCAACAAGGUGGAUGAUCUCAUUGACCCAGAAAAGAAAGCCUUGGAUGAGUUCAAACAACUGAUUCAGGAGGCACUCAACAAGCAUGAGUUCACUGCUCCACCUCCACCACCGCCCGCCCCGGCAAAGGAGGAGGAGGAGGAGGAGAAAAAAGAGGAAGAGAAGAAAGAAGAAGACCCAAAGACGACCGAAGAAAAAACUGAAACUUGUGAAGCACCUGCAGCUCAAGUUCCGGAAAAGGUUGAAGGAGAAGCAAUCCCAGAACCGGCUGCAGAAACAGUGGAAGCGGCUGAAGAAAUCAAAGAAACCAUAGUUCUUGAGGAUCCAGCGCCACCACCACCGCCGGAGGAGAUUUCCAUAUGGGGUGUUCCACUUCUUGCGGAUGAGAGAAGUGAUGCGGUACUCCUAAAGUUCUUAAGAGCUAGGGAAUUUAAGGUGAAAGAAGCUUUGACGAUGCUGAAAAGUGUGGUAGCGUGGAGGAAAGAGUUCAAGAUUGAUGAGUUGGUGGAGGAAGAUGAAGAGGUGGUGGGGGGUCUGGGUAAAGUUGUGUAUAUACAUGGAGUGGAUAAAGAGGGGCACUCUGUUUGUUACAAUGCUUUUGGUGAGUUCCAGGAUAAGGAGUUGUACACCAAAACCUUUUCUGAUGCUGAUAAGAGAGCCAAGUUUUUGAGGUGGUACAUUCAGUUCUUGGAGAAGAACAUCAGAAACCACCUCGAUUUCACUCCUGAAGGCACCUGCACUAUUGUCCAAGUCACCGACCUCAAGAAUUCACCUGGACUACUCCUUUUCAAGAAAGAACUCCGCCAAUCUACCAACCAGGCCCUCCAAUUGCUCCAGGACAACUAUCCUGAGUUCGUUGCCAAACAGGUGUUCAUCAAUGUACCGUGGUGGUAUGUGACCUACAAUAGGAUGAUCAGUCCAUUCUUGACACAGAGGACCAAGAGCAAGUUUGUGUUUGCAGGUCCAACCAAGACUGCUGAGACCCUCUUCAAAUACAUUGCUCCUGAGCAAGUACCAGCUCAAUAUGGUGGUCUUAGCAAGGAAGGUGAAGAGGAAUUUGCUACUGCAGAUGCUGCAACAGAGGAAACAAUUAAGCCAGCAUGCAAACAUACAAUUGAAUUGCCAAUCACUGAGGGUGGAACAACAUUGGUUUGGGAGGUGAGAGUAGUAGGGUGGGAUGUUUCGUACGGAGCAGAGUUUGUUCCAAGUGCGGAGGGUGGGUACACUUGGAUAGUGCAGAAGUCGAGGAAGAUUGGAGCGGCGGAUGAACAAUCUCUUAGCUGCUCAUUCAAAAGUGGUGAAACUGGAAAGCUUGUACUCACAUUUGACAACCAGACUUCUAAGAAGAAGAAGCUUGUCUAUAGAACCAAGACAAUCAAGCCAUCUGAAUAAUGGAGACAUGAUGGAUGGGGCUUUCCUUUUUGUUCAUUCACAUUCUUUUUUUUUUUUUUUUUUUUGUCUUUAUACUUUAUAAUAUCUAAAGAAUUUAUCUUUGUUGAACUUGAAUUGUUUAAACGGUUUGGUUAAAGGGUUUGAGAAUGAAAGAAUUUGGGAUAUUUGUGAAAAAUAGAAGAAACUUGGAUUUAUGUGUAAAUUUGAGAUUUUGUCAAAUUUUUUUUUUUUUAAUAUUUUUAUGUUAAUAUGGACGAUAAUGUUUGUUG